GCCAGCCAAUAAGGUGAAUGUAAACAGUGUGCGUGCAGCUCUCAUGAACUCUGCUCUUCUCGCUUCUUUCGGCAACCGUGUUACAGUGAAUUUAAUGAAUUCAUAAAAAAUUAACAGCACUUUUUUCAGCUGUGAAAGGUGACACAGUCCAAUUCUGACCUCCACAAACUGCACACAGUCUUCUUCUGCAAUGUCAGAUAAAGUGAAAGAGCUCAUUUCAAAGUGCCUGCAGGCCCGGGACAUGGCUUACUGUCCGUACAGCCACUUCCCUGUCGGUGCCGCCAUUUUGACAACAGAUGGCGCUAUAAUCACAGGCUGUAAUGUGGAGAACGCCUCCUACGGUCUGACAGUGUGUGCUGAGCGGACGGCCAUCCAGCGGGCCGUGGUGGAAGGAUACAGACAGUUCACUGCCAUUGCUGUGACAUGUGAUAUCAAAGACCGCUUUGUUGGGCCGUGUGGGGCCUGUCGACAGGUUCUUAUGGAGUUUGGAUCGGACUGGAUUGUAUACUUGACCAAACCAGAUGGAUCUUACAAAGAAACCAGCCUCCUUGAACUGUUGCCUCUGGCCUUUUCUCCGGCCCACCUCGCAAAGAACUGAUGAAGCCUCGGCAGCAAAGAAAUAUAUUUUUGGUGCCUUAUUAGUACCUAUUUAGCAGCUAUGUCUCUUGAAUUAUGUUAUGGAAACACUGCAAUUUAGGAAAAAAUAAAACAUUUU